AUGGUGAAUGCAGCAAGUGGAGGAGGGCUAGUGAAUAAAACUCCAGGAGAUGCAACUAGGCUGAUUGCAGAGCUAGCAGAGAAUUCUAGGCAAUUCAGUCAGAGAACUCCCACGCGCCGGGUGAAUGCAGCAAAUUCAAAUACGUCUGAGUUAGAAAGUCAAGUAGCUGAUUUGACUUCUAUGAUGCGUGAGUUCAUGGUGAACUCAAGGAAUCCGCAGCAACUGAAUUCUUGUGGUAUAUGCACCUCCAUGGGACAUCCCACUGAUGCAUGUCCUCAAUUACAAGAGGAGCAGAAUGAGCAAGCAAAUGCAAUGGGUUUCCAAGGGCAAGGUCCUCAGAGAAGUUAUGAUCCCUAUUCAAAUACAUACAAUCCAGGAUGGAGGGAUCAUCCAAAUUUGAGAUAUGGGAACUCCCAAGGGAACCAACAACAACAAAAUGCUCAAGGCCAGCAACAGUAUCAGCAAUAUAGGGCACCAUUACCCAAACCUCAAGGCCAAAGCUCAAAUUCGAAUAAUAUGUCAACUGAAGAAAUGAUUAGAUCACUAACUUCUAAUGUAUCUACUAUGCAGCAAAACAUGGUGCAAUUUCAGCAAGAAACCAAAUCCAGUAUUCAGAAUUUGGAGAAUCAAGUGAGUCAAAUCUCAAGUGCGGUGAGCAGACUUGAAGCUAAGGAUUCGGGAAAACUUCCAUCUCAAACGGAGUUGAAUCCUAAGCAACAAGCCAACGCGAUUACACUGAGGAGUGUCAAAGAGCUGAAAGAGACUGAAAUUGCAACCAAGAGGGCUGAAGACUUGAUUGGAGCUGACGAGGAGGAAGUGGAACAUGAAGCUGUUGCAAACCCUUUAACUUUUCCCUCUUAUGAACCCACACCACCUUUCCCUGAAGCGUUGAAAGAGACGAAAAGGUACGAAAAAGACAAAGAUAUCUAUGAAACAUUCAGCAAAUGUGAGGUAAACAUUCCCCUUUUGAAUUUAAUAAAAAGUGUUCCUAGAUUUGCUAAAUUUAUGAAAGAGCUUUGUACUAUAAAGAGGAAGCACAAGUUGGGAGGAAAAGAAAAAGUGAAAGUGAGUGCUCAUGUUUCUGCAGUCUUUCAGAAGAAGCUCCCUGAAAAAUGCAGUGAUCCUGGUAUGUUUACUGUCCCAGUUACAAUAGGGGACACCACAUUUCAUAGACCUAUGUUGGAUUUAGGUGCUUCAAUCAAUGUUAUUCCAUAUUCCCUUUUCAAAUCUUUAGAACUUGGGCCCUUGCAUGAAACUGGGGUAGUGAUUCAGUUAGCUGAUAGGUCCAAUGUUUACCCUAAGGGAGUAGUGGAAGAUGUGCUUGUGAAAGUUGAUGAACUAAUCUUUCCUGCUGAUUUUUAUGUGCUUGAUAUGGAACAUGAUAGACAAGCAGUUCCCAUCUUGUUAGGAAGACCCUUCUUGAAAACUGCUAGGACAAAAAUUGAUGUUUUUACUGGUUCUUUAACUAUGGAGUUUGAUGGGCAAGAAAUUGUGUAUAACAUCUAUGAUUCCAUGAAAUAUCCUGUUGACACUCAUUCCUUGUGUUCCAUUGAUAUCAUUGAUCCUAUAGUGUAG